UGUCACAAUAAAGCAUGUUUUCCUGCUAGGGAUUUGCCAAACCGAGUAACGGUUUGUGGAUGAUCGAAAUUCCCACUACCCCUGAAGACAGCGUGCCUCCAUCAGUAAUAUCUCAACUUUCUUUUCUCCGGGAGGAACAGGGAAACAUGAAGUUGGCUUCAUUUCGCAGCGCUUGUAACAGCCUCCGUGUGUAUACGUCUCAUCCUGGAAGCAGAUUCAGCGGUUUGUUUCGAAGAUGCUUCCCCGUCGGGAUAACCAACAAUCGUCUAGCCAUUCGUGCGGGUAGCGCUACCACGAGCAGCGGCACUAGGUCCACACUACCAGCUAACUUUGGGAAACAAUGCAAAGAGGAACUUUGGUCGGAGUACAACUAUUCAGUAGGAGAAGCUGUUCAGAGAACUAAAGCAGCAAUGGUGACUCUGCUAAGAAGAAAUCCAGAAAUUCAGCCUUUGUUAGCAAUUCUACAGCAUCUCGUUUUACUGCUUUGCUCAGCUUGUUUAAUCUCAAAGGCAGGCGAAGACGACAGCAUUUUGGAAAUCAAUAAGAAAAUUGCGGGCAAGGUUGGCUUGAAUGUAACUCAGAUUUGUUUGGCAACUGGGUGCAGUGAAGAUGAGAUUGUAGAGGAGUUGCUAAAGCUCAAUAACGACCCCAAAGUACAUGGGGUCUACCUCCACCUCCCCGCGGCUUCUCUCACUAGCCGAGUGCUCGGUGCGCUCAAUCCAGAGAAGGAUGUUGAUGGCACGACCGAUUUGAAUAUGGGCCGCCUGGUGCGAGGAGAUGCGAGCGAAGGUUUUGUGCCGCCUGUAGCUGGUGCUGUUUUAGAUCUGCUGGGGAAACACGAUGCUCCUUUGAAAGUGAAAUCUGUGCUGCUGGUUGGAGGAGAAGGACCCCUCAGGUUGGCCCUGCAGUGCCUGAUUGAAAGGAGUGGGGUGGAAGUUAAUACAAGUCAUUGGAACUCCAAAAGUCUGCAGACACAGGUGAUGCAGGCUGAUGCUGUGGUUCUGUUGGGUGCAGGAAACAUGGAGGUUCCUCCCACCUGGAUUCGUCCAGAAGCUCUUAUCAUUCACUGUGAGCCCGCCCUAAAGCCAGACGAUGAUGCUAUUGGUUUAUCCUCGAGAUCUGGAGUAGGAUACCUCACAGCUGCUUACAGAACACAAAAUGUCAUUCACAGUUGCAAUCGGUGGAUUCAGAAGCAGCAAUAUCGGCCCUGGCGUCUGCGUAGCCUUAAGUUGCUGCCCCUGACCCCCGUGCCAAGUGACAUAGAGAUAUCUCGAGCUCAGACACCUAAACCCGUGGAUCAGCUGGCUGAGGAAAUCGGUUUGCUGCCGGAGGAGCUCGAAGCUUACGGCAGGAACAAAGCCAAGGUCCAGCUGUCGCUGCUUGAUCGCCUCCACUCUCAGCCUGAUGGCAAUUAUGUGCUGGUGGCUGGUAUAACUCCAACUCCACUGGGUGAGGGUAAGAGCACGGUGACCAUCGGCCUGGUCCAGGCCUUGUCUGCCCACCUGAAGCUCAACUCCUUCGCUUGUCUGCGGCAGCCUUCACAGGGACCCACCUUUGGGGUUAAAGGGGGAGCCGCAGGAGGGGGCUAUGCCCAGGUCAUUCCCAUGGAGGAGUUCAAUCUCCACCUGACCGGUGACAUCCAUGCCAUCACAGCAGCCAACAACCUGGUGGCAGCAGCCAUCGAUGCCAGGAUGCUUCAUGAGGCGACACAAUCAGACAAGGCCCUUUUUAACAGACUGGUUCCUACAGUCAACGGAGUCAGAACAUUCUCUCCUAUCCAGAUCUCCAGGUUACGUCGUCUUGGUAUCAGUAAGACAGAGCCCACAUCUCUCACGCCACAGGAAGUCAGCGCCUUUGUGCGUCUUGAUCUGGACCCUUCUAAGAUCACCUGGCAGAGAGUUCUUGACACAAAUGAUCGAUUCUUGAGGAAGAUCACAGUAGGACAGGCGAGCACUGAAAAGGGACAAAUCAGAGAGACUGGCUUCGACAUUGCAGUGGCCAGUGAGAUCAUGGCCAUCCUGGCUCUAUCAGAUAGCCUGAAGGACAUGAAGGACAGACUGGCACACAUGGUGGUGGGCACCAGCCGCUCCGGAGGACCCGUCACAGCAGAGGAUCUGGGUGUGAGCGGCGCUGUGGCAGUGCUGAUGAAAGAUGCCAUCAAGCCCACACUGAUGCAGACCCUCGAGGGCACGCCCGUGUUUGUCCAUGCUGGGCCCUUUGCCAACAUCGCCCAUGGUAACUCUUCAGUGCUGGCUGACAAGCUGGCUUUGAAGUUGGUUGGACGGGAUGGCUUCGUGGUGACUGAAGCAGGUUUCGGAGCCGACAUCGGGAUGGAGAAGUUCUUCAACAUCAAAUGUCGAGCUUCAGGUUUGAGGCCCAAUGUGGUGGUUCUGGUUGCAACUGUUCGGGCGCUGAAGAUGCACGGCGGUGGCCCAAAUGUGUCAGCUGGCGCACCUCUACCCAGGGAGUACAUUAACGAGAACCUGAGCCUGGUGGCAGGUGGUUGCCAUAGCAACCUGAAGAAGCAGAUUCAGAUAGCUCACCUGUUUGGGGUACCUGUAGUGGUGGCUCUAAAUGUCUUCAAGACAGACACCCGGGCAGAGAUCGACCUUGUGUGUCAGAUAGCGAAGACGUGUGGAGCAUCCGAUGCCGUGCCGUGUCAUCACUGGUCUCAGGGCGGGCGAGGGUGUCUGGAGCUGGCCCAGGCUGUGAAGGAGGCGACUCGCAGACCCUCAAACUUCCAGUUCCUCUAUCCUACAGAGAUGCCGAUUGUGGAGAAGAUCCGAACAAUAGCCCAGAAGGUGUAUGGAGCCAAUGACAUGGAGCUGUCUCCAGAGGCCAAGAGCAAGAUAGAUUACUACAAUCAACAAGGCUACGGCUCACUGCCCAUCUGCAUGGCUAAGACACACCUGUCCCUGUCCCAUAUGGCUGAUAAGAAGGGCGCGCCCACCGGGUUUAUUUUGCCAAUCAGAGACAUUCGCGCUAGCGUGGGGGCGGGCUUCAUCUACCCACUGGUGGGAACGAUGAGCACCAUGCCUGGCCUCCCCACCCGACCCUGUUUCUACGACAUCGACCUUGACCCCGACACAGAGGAGAUCACAGGGCUCUUCUGAGCAUGCUCACUACAGACGCUCCUAAAGCCUUUAGUAUUAACUGCAUCUGUUGCAUCAAACCUCGUUUCUGCAGCUCUCCUCAGGAUCCUCAGCUGGAGCUCCUCCUGUAAACGACCAAAAUCCCCUCUGGGUGUAAAUGAGCACUCUUUCACUCCAUCUGACCAACACCAACAGCUAAAGCAUGACUCAGCGCUGGUUCAACAGACACCGUUAGAUUAACGUGACCGGAUGGUUGUCUGGAAACCACAGCAAGUUCUCAGCUUGUUGUCAGGUUUCAAGAUCUUGUUCUGUGAGAAGAAACGAUCCAUUUGAGCAUUAAGGUGAAGCUUUUUUUGCACGUCAGUGUCAUUUGCUAAAGAUCUGUUGUUUUUCUACCACUGUCCAGCCUUUCCAGUGUAUGGAAGAUUGUUUAACUUGCUGCUCAGACUUGUGUAACCUCUGUUAGAAUAUCGGAAAAAAUGUUACAUGGAUCAUUUCUGCAUUCACUGAUUUAGGGGUGAAGCCGUCUUGUUUUUUGGGCCAUUUGAGAGUCUGAGAUUUAGCAGUAUUAAUUUAAUCCUGUUUUUUUAAUGUUGUCUUUAUUCAUUUCUAUUUUGUCUUAUCCACAAAUUCAUUUGUGGAGCUAAAAUGGCCUGAAUGUAAAACAUGUUCAGUCACGAACAUCACAAUUGCCUUUUAAAUAAACCUUUUAUUGACUCUGA